GCAGAUUGGCGCUCCAUGGAAUGAUUUGAUGAGUCCGUCGAGGCUCAGGUGGUUGGGUCGAGCGAGGAGUCGAAAACCCUAAAGUUGAUCGGCCUCCUUCGAAGUAUAUUCUACCCGCUCGGCGCCCGAUCUCUAAAUUGACUGACUGGCUGGUAGUUUCCUUUUCUAACGCCUGUUCGCCGUUCCGGCGAACUUUGGUCGUUACCGAAGGAGCACAGCUGACUUCUUUCUAGAGUGGCCGGUGAUGCAGACGAUAAAAUGCGUCGUCGUCGGCGACGGUGCCGUCGGGAAAACUUGCCUUCUCAUAUCGUACACCACGAAUAAGUUUCCAUCUGAAUACGUGCCAACAGUGUUUGACAACUAUGCUGUCACGGUGAUGAUCGGAGGAGAACCGUACACGUUGGGUUUAUUCGACACAGCAGGUCAAGAAGACUACGAUCGAUUACGGCCCCUGAGCUACCCACAGACGGACGUGUUCCUAGUGUGUUUCUCCGUAGUAGCUCCCUCGUCAUUCGAAAACGUGAAAGAAAAGUGGGUCCCAGAGAUUACCCACCACUGCCAGAAAACGCCGUUUCUCCUGGUCGGUACUCAAAUCGACUUGCGAGAUGAACCAUUAACUGUGGAGAAGCUCGCGAAGAACAAGCAAAAGCCCGUGUCAAACGAACAGGGUGAAAAGCUCGCGAAAGAGCUCAAAGCUGUCAAAUACGUCGAAUGUUCAGCCUUGACGCAGAAAGGGCUGAAGAACGUGUUCGACGAGGCGAUUUUAGCAGCGUUGGAGCCGCCAGAGCCAGCGAAGCGUAGGAAAUGCGUCAUCUUGUAACGUUGUUGCGCUUCAGGUCCCGUUUGAGGAAGGAUGAGCGUAAUUUAUCCAGGAGGUGUAUAACGCGACACGAUCUUCCUCGUUUUGUUUCUCUGUCCGCACUCAGACGAGAAGAAUAUAUAUUUUUACUAUUGGAAGGCUUAUUGUCUUCAAGCUCGCAUCAUCCCAUUAACCGUUCAGUUCUUCCCCUUUAUUGGUGCUUGAUUUUGGAUCGUUUGGAUUGAAGCAUCGUGGUUUCACUGAGCGAGUUUGAACGGUUCGAGAAAGCAGUAGAUUGACCAUGAUUUGCAGCGACUUGGAAUGUCCCAACUUGAUGCAACUUUGUACGGGGAUUCAGUUUUAUUCGUUUGGGUUGAGUUCCCGCUGGAAAUCGUUUUUCCUGAGUAUUUAAAUGAAACAAGUACAGCGCAAUGCGUUUAAACUCGAAUUGUGUUAGCGUGAUCCAUUACCGCGUGGAUUGUAUUUUUAAACGUGCGUAUCGAUUAUGUUCGUUUCAAGUCGCUGUAAAUUGAAAAUUUUUAUUUUCCGGCUUUUUAUUUCGGCGAAUCGCUGGAAAUGGAACACGUGAAUUCCCAUACGAAUGAAAUUUGUGUCGUCUCGCUCAGUGUAAUGUUGGUUCGAUUCGAAGGUUCGGGGUAAAAAAAGUUUUUUUAGCUAUCUUCGGCUCCGCUUCUCGGCAUUACUGUGUCCACAAUCCGAGGUUUUAUUUUCUCGAUUCGUGAUAUUAAUUCAUCCGAUUUGGAUCGAGUGGGGGAGAAUAUUUUAUCCGCGUGAAUGCGUUGUAAAUUGUUGGAUCGAGGAUAUUUUGUAUCCGUCGGUAUGAGUGGGCUUCGGGCUGCGUGAGUCGUUUUCUUCCGCUUAGUCUUUUUGUAGAAUGCGUCUUGUCUGCAAAACAGUUUGGGGGAGAGUUUAACCACGAUCGACCGACGGUGACUUUGGAUCAUUUCAGGAAGCGAGUGUGCGAUCGGAAGUUUUAGGGAUGCGAAAAGUAAUUUAUCGGCUUGGUUCUUUUCAAUUCCGGCGUCACCACCUCCUCUGCAAACUCGGGCUUUCUCGACUUUCCUUCGCCCCCUUUCCACCAUCGCACGACAUUUGUAACUUGCAUUCUAAUCGAAUUUUCGGCGAAAUAUUUGCUUGCUUGCUUUACCCGGAUGAGCUGAAAUUACGAGUUUUUGUUUGUUUUUUUUGAAGCGAAGUCACGAGUUCAAGUUACCUGAAUUCGCGUGUCGUUACGUUUCACUUUCCGAGAUUUGCGUAGUUGCAGGAAGAAAAGAAAAAUCUGUAAGGAAGAAGGGAAGCCGAUGUCAUCUUGAGGAAGGUGUUAUUCUCGUACUUGAAAAGAACCAUCCGGUUUUUGUUUCCUCCUCGUGUCCCCCGCCCGAAACAAAAUUCCCUUUGUGUCUCUUAAGGGGGAAAUGAAGAAAACGAAACAUCGUUCCAUGAGUUUCCUUUUUUAUCGAA